UUGGCACACAGGCGGCGCUGAUCAGUUGCAUUUUGCUGAAAGUUUGGAAAGGCUGCUAUGAACUAGAUAUUCUUUGCUACAUUUUAAAGAAGCUACUUAUGAAAUAGGUAUAUAGUGAAACAGUAAAGUUUCGACGUUUCUCCUUUCACUGCAAUAGCUGCGGCAAGGAUAUGUUGUAGACACCGUCACCGCAACACGCCAGUAAUAAGUGGACUUAUUUGCUCUCCUGAAGCAGUCAACCAGCUACUCGUAGGCAUCAGACUGAACCUCAUCGCCAUGGACGCGAAUUUCAGGCUGUUGAUCGCAGUCAUACUGAUCGCUCUGUGUCAGGAAGCGACUUUGCUGGAAUUGCCCGUUCAGAACAGCAAUGGCAACAGCAGCAAUCAUAAUGCCGCUCGCAGCACACUGCUCGAUAAUGGACUCACACGUACAUUAAAGCAUAUUUAUGGCAUUUGUGGUGAUCGCGAUGAUCUCUUUUGGUGCUUCAAGGUGCAGGCAGCACGCAUGUUGGGUCGCGCGUUGAAAGUGCAUAACAUAAAUAUCUUGGAGGGUGUCACCAUUGUCAAGAAGGUGGAAAAUGAGACACGGACAGGCCGGGCGAGCGCAAACGCCGAUUUAAUUUUAAGUAAUCGCGAUAUAUAUAAUCUGUCGAUGAAGAGCUUGGAUGCGCUCUUACUGGAGCGUUUUUUGCGCUUCGUUGAUAGUCGGCAGCUACAGGUGAAUUUACCGCGCGUACUUGAUUUCGGUCAGCGUAAUGGGCAAGAUUUCUUUGGCAUGGCAAUGGCUUAUUUCCAAAAAUUUUCUUUCGCUGACCUGGAUGCGGAUAAUGCUGUAAAUGAAGGACGUAAAAAGAAGGGCGACGAUAAGAAGUAUUUGGGUCCCUUUAUUGCGGCUGUAAUGUUAAAGACGGCAAUACUGAAGAUGGCAUAUCAUUCCAUUGCUAUUGUCGCGGGCAAGGCACUGAUCGUUGGCAAAAUUGCGCUUAUAAUUAGCGCAAUAAUUGGACUCAAGAAGUUGGUGUCGGCGGAGGGCGGGGAAAAGACCACUUAUGAAAUUGUGAAACACCCACAAGUACAACACAGCCAAACCUAUUCAUCAAGUCAUGCGGGCGAGUACGAGGCUGGUCAUGAAAGUGGCUCUUACCAUCGUAGCAUCGAUGACGAGAUGAUGAUGCAGGAUAAGGCUUACAACGCUUGGGUGCCGUCGCGAGUGCAUUCAUAAGAACGGCAAAUUUCGUCAAGAUAUAGAGCGGGUAAUUGCAUCGAAGCGGCAUUGUUAGAAAAAGUCGUCGUUGUCGCAGUUAAGCGAUCUUACGUCAAACCAAAGCUGAUCACCAAAAAGUAGGAAAAUAUAUGGAAUAUUGAAAUUGACAAUUGAAAUUUUCCCUUAGAUAAAUUAAUCAUGUUUAGUAAGGCACAGUGAUGUUAUUUAUAUAUAUAUAUAUGUAUUUAUAUCUUUGUGUAACCUGAUGCUUAAUAUAUCUAGAUUUGUUGUAUGUAUUUUUAGCCAAGUAAGCUCUAGUCUGUAAGCUUAACGGCGUAAUAAAGAAAACAUUCGCUUCCCAUA